GCUGGAGGAGCUCGGUCCUAGCCAGCUGGGGAGCUGUGGCGGCUGCCUUCAGCCUGGGAGGGGGGCGGGAAGGAGUGAGGGGGGGCGGAGAGACAGGCAGGGCGGGAGAGGCGGAGAGGACCCUACCGGUCCUGAGCAGAGGAGCUGGGGCAAGGCGCUGGGCCGAGGAUGGUGCCGGCGCUCGGGGGCUCCUCGCAGGCUGACCCCGUUACGCAGGGGCCAGGCGCGGCCGUGCUGCCCCCGCCCGUGUGCGCCUCUCCCGCCGCUGCCCCUGCUGCUCCGAGCCCGCUCGGCAGCGCAGCGGCCGGGGGCGGCUCCCACCUGCCGCCUCGCUCGCGGGCCGGCUGAGGGGCUCCCCGGGCGCUGGCCGCAGCGGCGGCGGCACGCCAAGGACUUGGGUGCCCCGGGACUCGGAGCCAGCCCGCUGCGGGCAGCGCCCCGCCGGGCGGCGGGACCGGCCCUGGGGACCGGCUGCCGCGGAGGAAGCCCCGCCUGGCUUGCGCCUGCCGGUGCCCGCGGCUGGGGGGUGCGGGGCUAGCGAGGUGCCGCCCCCGGCCUGGAAGUUGCGCCCUGCCCGGGUGCCUGGCGGAGCUGCCGGAGCGCGGCGGAGCAGCAUGCGGACUGGCCGCUUCCCGGCUCCCCUCGCUGCGCUCGGGCUGCCGCUGCCGCUGGGAGGGGGACGCGUCGCCGCUUCACGCGGGCGGGGUCCGCAGCGGGGGUAGCACUUGCUGCCGCCGCCGCCGGUGUUGAGGAGGGGCCAGCCCGCGUUCCCCCCCUCCCCCCCCCCAAGCAGCGCACGGCGGGGCUGAGCCCCUGCCCCGUCCUCAGCCCGCCCGGACCCGCAUGGCGUGCUACCUGGUCAUCAGCUCCAGGCACCUCCGCAACGGGCACUACCGUGGCAUUAAAGGAGUCUUCAGGGGACCGCUCUGCAAGAAAGGCGCUCGCUCCCCGGGUUAUGCUGAGAAGGAGAAGGCCACAGCAAAGGGUCUGGAGGAUGUGAAGGCUAACUUCUACUGUGAAUUAUGUGACAAGCAGUAUCACAAACACCAGGAAUUUGACAACCACAUCAAUUCCUAUGACCAUGCUCACAAGCAGCGACUGAAAGAUUUAAAACAUAGGGAAUUUGCUCGAAAUGUGGCUUCAAAGUCAUGGAAAGAUGAGAAGAAACAGGAAAAAGCACUCAAGCGGCUCCACCAGCUUGCUGAGUUACGGAAGCAGUCUGAAUGCAUCACAGGCAGCAGACCAGUGUUUAAAGCUCCCGGACUGGUGGUGGAAAAGCAACAACUGCAGGAAGGAAUUUUCAUAGAUAAAAAUGGCAGAAUCACAGCAGGUACCAAGAGCAUGGUUGUGUGUGAAGGACAAAGUCGCUCCAGAAGCAUGUUAGAGAAACAACAGGCGCUUACACUAAGCAGGCACCAAUCACAUACCGAGAGACUCUGUUCACUUGGAAAUCAAGCCUCACAAGCAUUCUCAGAUGGCACCAAUAUUAGUCACAGGACAGGAGUUUCUUUUUCUUUCUCUAAAAAAGCCCAUUUAAAGUUAGAGUCAUCAGCAUCAGUUUUCAGUGAGAACACUGAAGAAGCAUAUGAUGGUGGUGAAUCACCUAACCAUAAAACAAAACAAACUCCUGACGGCUGUCAGUCUUGCACAGGUUUGCAUGAGGAUACAAAAGCAAAUGUGGCUAGAGGAUUAAAUGUCCCACAAGGUCAAAUGGAUAUCAUUGCAUCAAGCAAUACAGCAGCAAAAGCUAAAACACUAAAAGAAAAUGAGAAAAACAGCAAUAAAGAAUUAGAAGAAAUUGUCAGCGCUCAUCCUUCAUUCUGCAAAACCAGCUUUCAAACUCAGCUUUCCAAUUUGAAUUUGACUAGUUCGCUUAGAGAAACAGAACAAGAAGGUGAGUUGAAUGAUACUGAGAAAUUGUUGGAAACUCUCAUUUCACCUCCAAGCCAAACUAGCAAUCUUUGUACCCAGCAGAACCCUUACAAGCACAGUGAUACCAUGCUAAGUGACCUCUUAACAGCGUUCCCACCACAACACCCAGCUGAGCAGGGAUAUGCAAGUGAGCUGCAUUAUAAUCCCAAUGUGGUCAAGACAGAGACAUUUUUCGAGAGUUCAGGAACUGUGAAUGGAAACACAGAAAUGCUACCAAGUGAGACAGUGGUUAAUGAGAUGAAGCCCAAAGCACUGCCAUUUCUUCAUGUAUUGAGCAAAGAUGGCAGCACUGCCCUUCAGUGGCCCACAGAACUUCUUUUGUUUACAAAAACUGCACCCUGUAUUUCCUAUGGAUGUAAUCCAUUAUAUUUUGACUUUCGACUUUCUCUAAACCAGAGCGAUCAUAAAGAGCGUGAAACAAACACAGAAAGCUGUAGUGAGCCCCCUACAAAUCUGAAUGCAGAUGAAAAUGAAACCUCAGGUUUAAUAGAAGACAAGCAAAUGUCAACGGAACAAGAUAAUCAGUCACUGAAACCAAAGAAGACGAAAGGUUCCAAAACCCAUAACAAGGCCCAGCAAAAAGCUGUUUCAGACACAGAGAAAGAAAUGAAUGGAAGUGGUCAAAAGUACAUUUCACAUUAUUCGAAUGAAAACAUACCCAAAGUGCCUGCUUUCCUUGAUGUCUCACAAAAGGAUUAUACAAGAGAAAGAAGUCUCCAUGUCAGAACAUCUAGGAGAUCUUUAAAGCACCAUUUGCAUAGCUGUGAAAGAACACACAGUGGUGGAAAUAAAAGCAUUUCCUUUUUGCCUUGUGUGUCUAGGACUAAAAAGCAUAAAGCUACAAACUGUGAUUUAAGUUAUUCUGAAGAAAUACAUGAAAACCAAAACAACUGCAAAUCCAUUCAAAACUGGCCUAGAUGCAACAGUGAUGUAAGUGACAGUGGAAAAGAUUCUAUUGGAAGUUUCCUUAGUUAUAAAUCAAGUUCUCAAAGCAGGUAUUCAGAAAAUGAAGGGUGUGGAGCUUAUACAAGAUACUGGAGAUUUUCAUCCUCCCAAAAGUCAUCUUCUGACAGACAUUCUAGCUAUUCCAACACUUCCAUUAGCAGUUCAACUAGCUGUGUAAGUAGCUCCUCUAGUCACAGAUCAAGUGAUCACAGUAGAAGUCACUUGCUCUUUUGUUGUAAAAGAAAAAACAAGACAGAUGAAAGGCACAAAUGUAAACACGGAAAGCACAACUUUAUUUCCUCUUCUGAUGAUGCAGAUGAGGAUUACCUCUUCUACAGUAAAAGUCAAAGAACUAGAAACUGUACACAGAGGAAUACAAUUAAAUAUCAACGACAUUCAAGGCGUAGAGGUUUAUACCAUAGAGAGAGAUCAAAGCAAAGCAGAAAUACACACCGACAUUCUGGCAGAAAAUACAGCAGAAAUAGAAGAUACCACCGCUCCAAAAGUUCUUCCACCAGACAUUCAAGAAGCAGUGGAGGAUCACCUAGUUGCAGAAGAUCAACAGUCAGUAGUUCAGGAUCCUUCUCAAAAGAAACAGUAUAUUAUUUGAAUAAAAGCAAGGAAGAAAAAGAAGGCUGUUACAGCACUGAACCAGGAAAAACAGAAUCUACACAUUUUGAUUUGCAGAAUGUAAAUUGUCAAUCAAAAAAAUUUCAUGUUGGCUUUUCCGAAAACUCAGCAAAAGACACAGUGGGAGAGAGAACGUCAUUGACAGCCAGGUUACUUUUAGAAAGAGUGCAAUCCAAGAAAAGCCAAGAACACGCACAUGGUUCAGAGGGAUUUUCAAACAAUUGUGGGAUGGAAUUGGAGGGUCACUCACAAAGUCACUUUGCUAGUAAAUUUCCAUCAUCAGUAGGUGACAUAGCAAUGUUACUUAUGCCUGAAAAAGCCCUAGAUAUAAGUGAAAAUGUUUUAAGGAAUGAUGAAACCACUUCAUUAGAAAGCAGUGCAAAGAAAGACAAUUUUGAAGCUUCACAGACAAAUAAUGUUAUUCGUACAACAGGCACUAAUUAUGAUAAUUGUCUUUUUAAAGACAUAAUUCAAAUAGGAAUAGGCUAUCAGGCUCCAAGCAUAAAAAGGAAUACAGCAAUAAAGGAACAAUCAGAUCUCUUAAUUAGUGAAGUACAACCCUCUAUACAAAGCUGUGACCCAGUACCAAAUGAUUUCCCUGGUGCUUUUCCUUCUAAUAGAUAUUCUGUUGUUAAUUCAGCAGAGACCAAAGAAGAAGUACAUGAUGUAAGCAUGAACUUGCAUCGAGUGGAAGGAAAUGUAAACAUUUAUUGUGACAGUGCUAAGCAUAAGUGUGAUGAGACAGAAAAUGAGCUAGAAAUUUACAGGAAAUCCAUCUCCCCUCCUUUAACUCAACAGCCUAUCACAUUUUCACCUGAUGAAAUAGACAAGUAUAGGUUACUUCAGCUGCAAGCCCAGCAACAUAUGCAGAAACAACUCCUGGCAAAGCACCUUAAAGUUUUGCCUGCCACAGGACCAUCUGCCUUCUCUGCAACACCAGCAGUUCAUUCUGUUCCCAGUCAGCAUCAUGCUUCUGUCACCUCAAUCCACCAUACCCUUCUGCAACGCUUUGCGGUCUCCACUUCUGUUCAUCCCCAUAGCAGCCAUCUUUCCUUGACCAAUAUGCACCCACUCUCUGAAUCAUAUUUCACUCCCAUAUCCCUUUCCCCAUUAGCUCCAACCAUCAUUCCUUCCCACCCUACUCUACUGACAGGACGCCCACUGCAUUUGGUCUCCACCACACCCAUCCACCCUUCUUAUCUGACCCUCCCAUCAUUGCCACAUACUGCAUUUAUCCCUACUUUAUUCACUCCACACCUGAAUGCAGCUGCAGCUGCUGCCCUCCAACUGAAUCCUUUAAUUCAUCCAUUGUUCCAAGGACAAGAUGUUACCACCAUUCUUGCUCUAGCUAGACCCAGCAGUUACCUGGACUGA